CCAAUGAGAGCGGUCAACGUAUUUUAUAGAGAGUGAGAACAUACCAGAUAAGAGAAGGACAAAAAGAAUCCCAGACUCUGGAGAGGGAAAUAUAUAAUUCUUACAUAAGCUUGGAAACCAGUUAUUCUACAGUGAAUUACCGUGCGUUGCACUCCACUGUCUAUUUACGACGAUGGCUAGUUACAAGUUGGUGUAUUUCAACGUAAUGGGACUUGGAGAACCCAUCAGAUUUCUUCUCAGCUACGGGGGCGUCGAAUUCGAGGAUAUUCGUGUAAACCAUUCGUCGGAAGAAUGGGCCAACAUGAAACCAAUGACCCCGUUCGGCCAGUUACCCACGUUGGAAAUCAAUGGCAAAGUUUACUCGCAAACAUUAUCUAUUUGUCGUUACCUGGCCAAACAGUUUAAUCUGCUUGGGAAAACCGAUUUAGAUACGUUGCAGAUCGACGCGAUUGCGAGCGCACUUUACGAUUUCAGACGGCUGGCGAUAUCAUCUUAUUACAGGGAGACUGAUCCAGCUGUGAAAGCCAAGAAGAAAAUCGACGUGAUGACGAGAGUGUAUCCGUUUUACUUGAGUAAGCUGGAGGAUCUGGCGAAGAAUAAUGGUGGUUAUUUGCAUGGCAAUCAGUUGAGUUAUGCCGAUCUAUUCUUCGUUGCUAUAUCGGAUUCUUUAAACAUGGCUUACGAAUCUGACAUAACGAAAGACAAACCGCAUUUGAAGUCUCUCAAGGAGAAGGUUUUGGCACAUGAAAAUAUAAAGAGUUGGAUAGAAAAGAGACCAAAGUUGGAGUUCUAAACCUAAAACACGCGUAGCUGAAUCUCGCACGAUGAACGGCUUAAAAAUGUGCAUAUGUAUUUUACAAAUACAAUAACAUGAAAAUUCGAACGUUAGAGUUGCACUGUGCAUUUAUCGCGUAACGUGUAGUUUGAAUCUGGCGGUACUGCACACGAACUGCUAACUUACCAGCUGUUGUUUACGUCAGGCUGCAGCGAAUUAAAAACGCGAUGCCUUCGAGGAAACAAACGAAACGCGAUUAAUUAAAACUGCGUUUGAAGUGCAAAUGGAACAGGUAUUGAAACUAACAACCGCUUCCAAAUUUGGGAACGUUCAAAGUCAUCGUCACGGAAAACUAACAAGUGGCCUAGUAACCCAGUUCGACGAAACGAUCGAUACGCCCGU